AUGCCGUCGAUUUUGAGCGACGAUGACAAGGAGACGGUCAAGCGCUUCGUCCCAAAGCAGACCAACAAGAUCCAAGCCGUAGCCGUUGCCAGGCUGUAUGCUGCUUACCCCAACCCCGCGAGAUGGACAAAUACGGGAAUUCAGGGUGCCAUCGUCCUGUCAAACGAUCUCGUCGGCAACACGUACUGGCUCAAGAUGGUGGACAUUUCACCUGAAAACCGCGGUGUCAUCUGGGACCAGGAAAUAUUCGACACGUGGAGCUACAAUCAAGAUCGCACCUAUUUCCACAGCUUUGAGAUUGAAGAAUGCCUCGCCGGCCUCUCCUUCACCGACGAGAAGGAAGCCAAGCAAUUCAAGAAGAAAAUGGACGAUAGAGAAAAGAACGCAAGCAGAGCUACGAGAUCGACACCAUUCGGAGGAGCCUCCCAGGCUGCCGCACAUAAACAUGGUCUUCUCGGAGGUCUCUUCGGCAGCCGACAUGCUGCAGCGCCUACCCCUCCCGACUCCCCGCGGUCGAACCUGCCACAUGGCCGUAUGCCUUCUCUGAAUGGCGGCCACAAAUCUUCAGAAUUUGCUGUUCUUGAUGCCUUCGACCCUCAGUGGCGGGAGAAUUUCGGUCAAGAUCUCCGAGAUAAGGGACUGACGGAUGAGUUCAUCAAGGAGAACCAAGAAUUUAUUGUCGAAUUCUUGAAGGAGGAGCAAGAGAAGCUAAUGGCUGGCGCUCGGAGUCAUGCUCCUCCUCCCCCUCCUCCGCCAGCACCGCAUUCAAAUGGCCUCGAAUUAAGAAACGGAAGAGCGCCUCCUCCACCGCCUCCAGGAGGAAGUCAUUCAGACGGCCCACGCUUACCUCCACCUCCGCCCGCACCAAGACGCGGCGCUGCGCCUGUACCGCCGCCUGCUAGGAGAUCUGGAAAAGCAGAUGCGCCUGCUGUCAACAGAGAACCGACACCCCCGAGCGAGCCUCCGGCGCCAGAAGCAUCAAGGAGUCGAUUCGCAGUACCGCCACCUCUACCAGAUGCCGGUAAACUCGCACAUGCUUUGGGAGGUUCAGUCAACGCCAUUCGUGGUGGGCCAGCAAACCCUGGACCACCUCCUCCGCCGCGACCACCCAAAACACCAAUGCAAGAGGAAGAAAGGCCUGCUGGACACAAAUUCGGUGUGCCGCCCGCGUUUUCCGGGGCUAGGCAGGGCCCGCCACCUCCGAGUCGAGGACCUGUCCCGCCGCCGCCGCCCCCACGUUCGGAUGGCCCGCCACUUCCUCCGAAAGCUCCGGCGUCAGAGGCACCACCGUUGCCGCCCCCGUCUUCACGACCGGUGCCACCGCCACCCGCGCUGGGCAGUCCGCCGCUGCCUCCUCCCCCACCGCCGUUGCCAUCAUCGAGUGCUCCUCCGCCGCCGCCUCUGCCCACCUCACCGCCACCUCUCCCAACAUCGAAUGCUCCUCCGCCUCCGCCAUUGCCGUCAUCCAAUGCUCCUCCAGCACCUCCUCUGCCUCCGUUAAACAAUGCGCCGCCUGCGCCUCCUCCGCCCCCUCCCGGAGCAGGAGCACCUCCCCCGCCGCCGCCACCUCCGCCACCGGGAGGCCUGGGUGGACCUCCCCCACCACCCCCUAUGCCCAACCGAGACUCUGGGUACUCCUCUGGCGUUCCCGUUCCUCAACCGGAUUCUUCGCGCUCGGCUGUCUUGGGAGAUAUUCAGAAGGCUGGUGGUAUCAGGGCUCUGAAGAAGGUGGACCGGAGUCAGAUCCGCGACAGAAGCAAUGCCACAGUUGGUGGCGGUAGUGACAGUGGUCCCCAUGGAAGCGGCCUGCCUCCAGCCGGUGUAGCACCUGGUGGUGGCGGUGACAUGGCCAACGCUCUGGCCGCUGCCCUCCAGAAGAGAAAGGAGAAAGUUAGCAGAAGUGGUAAGUAA